AUGCAACCCUUUUUUACUGUUCCUGUGGAGAAGUACAGUGAGAAAAAUUUGAUGGAGAGUGUUCGUGAUAUCCUCACUGACUGCUUACCAGCAACCUCUCUUGCCUCGGAUCCUUCUCAAGAACUUGUUGUCUGGGCCAGUUUUGAAAAUUUUACCCAUUCCGCUAUUGGGAACGAGAAAAUAUCCUUUCUCAUCCUCAUAAGCACUAAUCAUGGAUUCUACAUCUGGGCUAUAUUGAAUAAUGGACAAGCUUCGUUAUUACUUUCUCGUGUGGGAGUCUAUGUUCUUGGUGCCAAACUCUUGACUGAUCCUCAUGCUGAAUUCGUCGAUUACAAAAAGGAGACACGCCCACUUAUCGCAAUCUGCAGUGAGCAAAGUAAUUCGAAGUGGAACGUCUGCUUUACUUCCCUACUCACCAAUGCUAUUGUGGCGAAUUAUUCCUCUCCAUCCUACAUUUCCUCUGUUGACGCUAAUCGACGAUUUGUACUUGUGAAUCGUGUUGAUUGUAUUUCCGUCCUAUCAGCCCACACUCUCCUGGAACUCUUUACCAUCGGUUAUGUUAAAACGAUUUGCAAAUCAGUGCUAGCUAAGAGUCUUCCCGUUGCUUUGGGCACCCGUUGGUUAGCUUUUCCUGAUGUUCGACGCUUUUGGGACGGUUUAUCGGCCUUAGCAAGCAGUGUAUCAAUAGGCAGUUCCAAUCUGCACACCCGCUGUCCUCUCUUCAUGGAAUGCCAGCUAAUGGACAUGACAGGUGAUUCUUCUUCAUCUCCAUCUACCGCAAGCUACGUCUCAGUUGUGGAUCUGGUCCGUCUCUCUGAGAACUACAGUGUCUUUGAGAACCAGAAGCUACUUGGUUCGCCUGCUUCUAAGGCGGAGAUUAAUCAGCUGUCGCGGAUGCAGACGGAGCAACAAAAUGUCUUAGCUGAUGUGCCCACAUAUCCCGUGUUGCAGCGCCCACAUGUCUGCUCUACGUUGAAGCGCCACCCUUGCCAUCAUUGUUAUUUCCAGCGGCAGAUAAAUCGGAGUCAGGAGGCGGUGUUAGAAGGCGUGGAAGAGCUUCUACUCACCCACAAGAGUGCCUCCAUCAAUGUGCACGACUUCGCUGAC